AUGGUUAAUCAACCUUUGAAACUUUUACCCGUCAAUCAGCUGCCAAGAAGGCAUUCUAGUGCCACUCAGCAAUCGCUACCGAUUCAGGUAUCACACACAAACCCGGGUCGGGUAUUGAACCAAAGAAUUCCCCCCGCAGUACCAGUUAGAAUCCGAGAAUCAUCCUCCACAGUCGAAGAAAGCACACAAAACAGCACGGCCACCACCUCAGCACAAAACAGCACGAUUGCACAUCAUCAUUCACAUCUCAUACACCAAACAAAUCCAUUUUUACCAAAUCCAAACUACGGUCAAACGGAUAAUAAUAAUAAAUACAUAAAUGAUAAAAAUAAUCCUUUUGUAGAAAAAAAAAAUUUAUCAUCCGGUGUUAAAACAUAUCACCCCGAUGGUGAAUCAUCAUCCUACGGGAGCACUAAAAACACAAUUAACACAGAAAAAAAGGGAAAAGAAACAUCAUCGUCUUGUCAUUAUCAAACCGAACAAACAAAAACAACAACAACAAAAACAAAUGCUAAAGUCAACUUACCAACUCCACCUGCUAUUCCUCCUCCUCCUGCAAGGAUAAGACGAGCAUCUGCUUGUUUGCAAUCCCACGAUUCAUCAUCAUUAUUAGAUCCCAGGCAUUCCAGUUUAAAUCAAAGACGUUCAUCUUCUCCUUAUCAAAAUUAUUCCGGAGUUAUUGAAAACGAUUUAUUGAAAACAUAUUUACAAACUCGUAACAAUUCUUUAGUUAACACAACAACAACAACAACAACAUACAAUAAUUCACACACUCAAUUAAAUUCCCUACAAUCGAGCACAAAUUCAUUACACAAUGGAAAAGAAACCGAAGAAUUUAAAAACCCACAACAACAACAACAACUAAAAGAACUAACUACUAAAAAAGGUAGUUUUACGUCACAGCCCACGAUUAUAUUACCAAACAAUUACUACGAAUUGCAAAGACAAUCUACCCUUAACAAAGAAAAUAAUCAAAAAACUAAAAUAACACAUUUUAAAACGCACAAUAAUACUUUUUCCACGACAAACGAAUCAAAUUUUGGAAAUAAAUCAUCUAAUUCGCAAAAUCCGUUAUUGAAUCGUUCUACUACAGAAAGCAGUGAAUCCGGAAUCGGUAGUACCAACAAUGGAACUUUCGGCGACAAAUCACCACCUUCCGGUAGUAAAGUAUCCGUUCGUCAAGAUUCAAACGUGUCCAGCGACAGCGUUUCACAAACAUCAUCCCCUAGUUACACGACGAAAACGAUGGAAACUCCACUUUUGCUUCAUCACAAUCGUAAAGCUAACAAACAAAAUCUUUGUGAUUUAAUAAAUGCAGCUCAACAAAAUGCUGCUAAUAAUGCAGCCUUAACAAAAAGUGUAUCGACACCUGCUAGCUUACAAACAUGCGUUAAAUUUUCCGGUUCGAACAUGACGCUUCAGCACAAGAUAAUAAGAGAUAUAAGGCGUUCGUCGUCGCACUACAUAACACGUGGUAAACUUAAAUUUCGUUUUGUUCAAGUCAUUGUUAAUGCUUUAGCUUUAAUGGCCAUCGCUGGAGGACUUGCUGCCUAUUUUAAAUCACAUCCUACGACUGUCAGAUACGUUAACAAAACGAUAACGACAACGAUAGCCGUCGUACCACCGGAAACGAAUCCGGCUCCAGGUUUCUGCUUCAAGUUGAUUGUUGAAUUUUGCGCAAAUCACAAAGUUCCUUACAAUUUCACUACUUUUCCAAAUCACGUUGUUAAUAUGAAUCAAGAUCAGGCAGAACAGGAAUUAGAUUUAUAUGAUGCGUUAGUUGAUGUGCGUUGUUACGAACUUUCCGCUCUUUUUCUAUGUUCCGUAUUCGUUCCAAAAUGUGGAAGACAAGGUGAACUUUUAUAUCCUUGCAAAUCAUUGUGCGAAGAAACCAAAAGACGAUGUGGAUUUUUUUUGGAAGUUUUCGGUUUGCCAGCUCUACCUGAAUAUUUAAUGCAAUGUAAUUUACUACCGGAUUCUGAUGAUCCCGAUGCAUGCGUCGGACAUAGAGAAGUACGAGAGGCAAGAAUAAGAGCACAGAAACCUUGUGACGAUGGAUUCUUAUGUGAUAUAACAAGAUGCAUACCGUUAGAUUGGAAAUGUGACGGUCAUUUAGAUUGUGAAGAUCAAACGGAUGAAGAAAACUGUGAUACUAGAUGCGCUCCUGGAAUGGUACACUGCGGAGAAAACAGAUGCAUGAACGUGUCAAACGUCUGUGAUGGAAUAAUAGAUUGUCCCUACGGACAAGACGAAAGAAAUUGCAUAAGAUUACAAGAAAAAAUGGGAGACGUGGGAAGGGGUUUACUACAGGUUUUUAGUCCGGAAACGGAUGAAUGGGUUCCAGCAUGCGUAUCAAAUUGGGACAAUAAAUAUUCGGCUCAAGCUAUUUGUUCUUUGAUGGGAUACACAUCCGCCAAUUAUACAAGAUUAAUUAUAAAAGAUACCAACGUUGAAGUUCAACCACCUCAAACGGUUAAUUUAACUGAUUAUAGGAAAAAAAUGAACUGGAUAAAAGAUUUUAGGUCAUGUGGUCUCCAUCAUUAUCCGAUUGUUAAUUUGGAAUGUAGACAUUACGAAUGUGGAAAAAGACGAAAUCCCGUAGCUUUUCAUUCGAAAAGAAUCGUUGGAGGAUACCAAAGCCAACCUGGAGAUUGGCCAUUUUUAGCUGCUUUAUUGGGUGGACCUGAAGAAAUAUUUUAUUGUGCUGGAGUUUUAAUAGCCGAUCAAUGGGUUCUCACGGCUUCACAUUGCGUUGGAAAUUACAGCGAAAGUAAUUUAAGCGGAUGGAAAAUUCAACUUGGAAUAACCAGACGACAUUCUCAUAAUUAUUACGGUCAAAAGGUCAAAGUUAAAAGAGUUAUUUCUCAUCCUUUAUACAAUGUCGGUGUCAAUCACGACAACGACGUGGCUUUAUUUCAGUUAAAACAUCCGGUUAAUUUUAACGAGCAUUUGUUACCCGUUUGCCUUCCUCCUCCUGGAAGAGAACUUGUGCCUGGAAUGAAUUGCACUGUUAUCGGUUGGGGUAAAAGUGAAGAUCACGAAGGUUCCGAAUACGAGCCAGCCAUUAACGAAGUCGAAGUACCCGUCAUUAACAGGCAAUUGUGUAACGAAUGGAUGAUAUACAGAGAUUUAAACGUCACAGAUGGUAUGAUAUGUGCAGGUUUAGCAGAAGGUGGUAAAGACGCUUGCCAGGGCGACAGCGGAGGACCUUUGUUGUGCCCUUUUGAUAAACAUAAAAAACGAUGGUUCGUUGGGGGCAUAGUGAGUUGGGGUAUAAAAUGCGCACAUCCGCAAUUACCUGGAGUUUACGCAUACGUUCCCAAAUACGUUUCCUGGAUUAGAGAACAAAUGAAUAAAUUUUCCGAUUGA